GCUCAUAUCGUGCAAAUAAAUUACGUCCAUCACAAUAAUAAGCUGCAAUGAAAAUCUGUGCAAAAGAACUUGAAAAAUUAUGUUCCGGAUGAAAUAAUAGAAAAGACAGUCGGUAGAGUAGAGAAGAAAGCUUCGGUCUCAAUCCACAUGCUUUUUUUCUCUCCCGCAUUUUUUCUCUCUCACCUUGCGUUUCGGCGCGCGCCCAGCAGCGCGUACUGUCUGCAAGCGGUCGUGAGAAAGAUUUCGAUGCGUUUUUCUUUCACGUUUUUUCCCUACUCACAGGCCCUAAUUUUGCUACGCCCGUAAACAUCGUAUUACAUGUAGUAGAUUUCUAUUACGCAACAUAACAUAUUGCACGAAUUAUUUUGUUUGUAAAACUUCACGCAUAGAGUAGAAGUGAAUAGAUAGGCGGGUGCAUCCGUUCUAUCGAGGACUUUUUGAUGCACCGCGGCGCCCAUCUUUUCGCAUGAAAUUUUCAAAAAGUUUAGUUAUACGCCGCAGUGGUUAAAACAGUUUUGCUCCACUUAUUAUUCGCACGACCACGCACACGCGCAUAGGCAUAAGUAUAUGCACAACAACAUUCAGACUUUAACCACUAGCACGAUUCCAGGCCGAGGAAGUUUGUAGAUACUCACUACGUAGUACUUAGCUAUGAAAUUUUAAGAUAGGCAUUCAUAAGGAAGCGAAGCGCGUGCGCGGAUCCACCAGCAGCCCUUGAAAGUCCGGAUCGGAUUCUGUCGGCGUUGUGGACUACUAACUAAGUUGUGGUCUUUCUCGCCCUCGGAGUCAAGAUCUACAAGGGCCUGCUGGUGUUUGAUGCCGUGUUUGUUGUUUGAUCUUCGCGCUUACUGCUUCAUUUGAUAUUUUUACCAUACUAGAAGAUCACUAGAGGCUUCCCCUUUCUAAAUCGGGCAGCAGGAAAAUGACAUACAGAAGCCCUCUGCUGGAGAAGCCGACCGCAGCGGAGGAGACCAAAACCAGCAAAUGCGCCAGUUCUAGUGCAGCUUUUGCAGAACAUGGCUGCCAUCAAGAUGAACUACACGCGCAACAACUAACAUCAUGCUGCACCGGGGGAAAUACAACUAAAAAUGCCGCCGCGAGUAACUACACCAGCACAGCAAUGUUACCAAGUAGCCGCUGCAGUUCGCCCGACGAGUCUGGAUCUCUGGCGGUGGUGGUGCCAUCAGGAAAUAAACCGUUGUGUAGUACUACAGGAGUUGUACAACCUCCGCAGGUCGUAACAGCACACCAGCACCACCAUGCAGGCGCAACUGCAACUCCAUCGAGUAGCUCCACGGCGUCGAAGCGGCGUCCGUCGUGGCGGAAUUUCCGUCCACAGCCGUCCAAGGACAAGCACCACCACCAUCAUCAUCAUCAUCACCACAUAAUACACACAACAAACAACGCCGUCUUGACGAGCAGCGGUAGCAGCAACUCGUUAGGGUCCUGCGAUAGGAUUUCAGGGACUUCGGGCGGAGAUCGUGGAGAACUAUCAAUACAAGAGGACGGCGACAACGUCAUCUCGCACAGCAACAAUAUUUCUUCCUCCACCUACCCCUCACCUUGCGACAACUCAGAAAACCACAGUUGUUCCCUUCACUACCACUCCGCGGCGGAAGAAAACAGCGACAGUGUGUCCACGAAGAGCUACUCUUUGCAACAAGUCGAAGAGACCGCGAUUGAGUCGGAGUCUGACAUCUCCGACUCGGAAUUCUAUUACCACCCGGACGAGUCGGCGCGGAAGACGGAUCUGAAGGCGCUGGCGUUCAUCGUGUUGACCACGUCUUCCUUCAUCGUCCUGACCGCGGUGUUCGCCUUCGGAAUCGUGAUCCCGCUCACGAUUUCGCUCUCCAGUCUUGUCUUCUCACUUUUAUUCUCUAACGAAUCUGUCUUAUCUACAGGGGCGCGCGUCUGGGCCGGCGUCUUUGUGGCGGGGUUUUCCUUUUUUCUCUGGUACAGUCACAAACUCUUCGUGCACUCCGUGAACAUGGCGGGGAACCCGGCAAGGCUGGAAGAUCCCAGUCUCAUCUGGGCGGUGCGGCACUUUUUUGGUAUAGAAGUAGUGUGUUUUUUUUUUCGCUUUAUUUCCAAACCUUAGUUCUUUCACUCUGAUUCGAUGCGCGUACUAGGACUACUCAGCACAGAGAAAUUUGUGACUUGCGCAGUUGGAGUAGAGAGUCAUGGAUCAGAGAAGCACAAGCAGAGGUAGCACUUUUGAGUUUUGCUUUUGAGUUUUGCUUUUGAGUUUUGCUGCGCUGCCCGUCGUGGUGCCAUCGAAAUGAACGAAAUUGAAGCUGCAUCAAAUUUAGACAAAAUGACUCGACCAGGCCCCGCCCGGUCGCGCAUCAUGAAGUUCAUCACGGAGAUCGAGCUGCCCCCGAGCUGGCGCGCGCCGAUCUACCAGCUUUUUGGGCAGAUUUACGACGUGAAAAUGGAGGAGUGCCGGUACCCGCUGGAGACCUACACCUGUUUCCAACAAUUUUUCACCCGGUCCGUGAAAGACGACGUGCAUAAAAUCGACAGAAAUUGCGGGAUCACCUCUCCGGUGGACGGGCGACUCGUCGCGAUGGGGGAGAUUACCGGAUCGGAGGCGCGGGUGCCCCAGGUGAAGGGGGCGAGUUACGACGUCACGGCCUUUCUGGGGACGGACCCCUACCGCACGAUUUUGGAGCGGGAAAUGCUGCUAACCGGGAUCGGCGGGAAGAAUGGCGAGGAAGCAAUAGGGGAGUUCCAUCAGGAACGUAUAGAUGAUACUCUUUGAGUUUUUAGAUUUAUGAUACUACAUUUGAUCUAGUACUGCAGGUUCUUCUCAAAUAAAAUCUCGUAGUGCACAAUUCCAACAAGAAUUGGCGCGCCAAAAAUUUCUUGAUCCACUUAUUUUUAACAUCCUCAUCGUCCAGAAAAAUGAUUCUUUAUCAAUUACCUCCAAAAACCUAACCACAGUCCACGGCGGCGUGCGGCUGCACAAGCUCGAGGUGCAGGAGACGAGGGAGAACGUGGAUGAGCUUUUACUCGAUAUCAAAUGCAAUUAUGUCUGGGUCCGGAAACUUGUGAUGCAAAUCCGUGAACAGUAACUGCUCUGCAAUGCGCCGCCAAGCAUGACAAGUCUUUUCGUGCUUCUGUGCUGCGUAUUUCGCAUGAGAAACUGCGCUUUUGCAUGACAGGCAAGAGGACCUUUUGGUGGCCACGCAAUACAGGGCGCAGAGUCAUGCCAGACUAGCAUGACAAAUCCCGCAAUUUUCCAGACCCAGACAUAUUUGCAUUUGAUACUCGAGGAGGAGAAGCAGUUUAAGCGCCAACGGGUGAUCCGGCAGACCCCCCCGAAGUACAAUUUUACGAAGGAGCAGGUGGAGAACAACGAGAUCGAGUUCAAAAAGUUCGAACAAGACGACCUCGCGGAGCGACAAACGGACGAAAAGUCGCUGACCACCAUGCCCGGAACCAACGUGAAGGUGUCCCACCGCGAGAAGCAGUGGGCCUCGAUGUCGCAAGCGGCGGCGGUCCAGCACGUGAAAAACUCGAAGCAACUCCACCUGACCGGGCCCCCGGGUAGUGCUAGUGCAACUAGUACUCUGGGUGGACAGAAAAAUCCGAGCCCGGCCAACUCCGCGGCAAGUACAACCACCGGGAGCGAGGACAGUUCCGAGCCGGUGAGCACGCUGGAAUCCAGCUCGCUCGACAGCAGCAGUAGCGAGGAAGACCACGCUGGGACCACGGCAAGUUUGAGGCAAAGACGGAAUAUCAAAUGCAAAAAUGUCUAGGUCUGGAAGAAUGCAACUUGUGAUGCUGUAUUUGGAUGUCUAAAAAAUUUGUGUUGCAUGAGCAGCAAAAGGAAUCUAAUUUUUGCCACGCGGAGAGGGCAUUUGUCAUGCGGAAUAGGCAUCAAGAAUCUCUCAAAAAACCUGUGAUGCUAGGGCAUGCAUCACAGACCUCAUGGCUCAUGCAAACCGUGCAUGACAUGUCUCAGAAUCUUCCAGACCCAGACAUUUUUGCAAUCCAUACGGAACAGCAGCUUUUCGCCGGUGAAGAGGAAAAGAGAUGAAGUAGGAGACAACGUGAGUAUAGCAGCAUCUUCUACUUCGUCCUCAACAGCAGCAACAACAUCUCGCUCUACUGCUUUUUUCAACAAUCCGAAGGAUGAGCAGUUCCACAAGGAAAUGUUCCAACAGAAAGAGCAAGAAAUUCUCGAGGAAAAGCAGAGGGAACAGCAGUUGCGGAAAGAGCAGGAGUUUUUCCAGAAGCAGAUGGAGAACAAGGUCGAUUCCGGGGUCAAACUCGCCUACUGCGUUCUGUACCUAGCCCCGGGGGACUACCACCGGUUUCACUCCCCGGUGGAAAACUUCCGGAUUGACGUGGGGCGGCACUACCCGGGGGAGUUGUUCCCGGUAAACCCGCAGUUCGCCGACUGGAUCCCGGAUCUUUUCACCUGCAACGAGCGGCUUGUGUUAUCCGGAUGCUAUCCAAGGCCGGAAACUUCGACAAGUAGCAGUGCACAAACGUCGAAAGUAGAACCCCAUAUGAGAACGUCAAACAAGAAAACCUCCUCCGAGCUGCUCUCGAUGCACAUGACGGCGGUGGCGGCCUACAACGUGGGGGGCAUUUGGCUGGACUUCGACGAAAAUUUGCGGACGAACGACGGGGUGGGCGCGCCGUUCGAAAUCAGCAACAUGGUGACCAGCAAGGAAUUUUCCUCUCGGUGGGGCAGCUGGGAGAAAAUCCUGCAGUUGAACAAGGGCGAUUUGGUCGGGGGCUUCCGCAUGGGCUCUACGGUGGUGUUGGUGUUCGAAUGCCCCAAAGAGUACGAGUGGAAAGUGCAGGAGGGGGACAAAAUACGCAUGGGCGAGGCGCUGAUGGGGUGAUAGUGAUUCUGAUCGAUUGCAGCUGCGCUUUCUGUCAUUUUCGAUUGUUCGGCAUAGUGUUUGCUGACAAGAAAUGGUGGUGGCGAGGAUGAACUGCAGAACUGCAAUCGCUAUGAAUUAUAGCCGCGGAAUGUUUUUAACAAGAACCUCAGGAUGGCGACAGUCACAAUUACUUUGAACGACACUAGUCCUUUGUCCGCACCUGAUGAUGCGACUCCCUUGACAUAUUCUCCUUUUCCUACAAGGACCCGACGAAAAACCUUUCUCCAGAAGGACGAUUUUUUUACCAUAGGAUCAUAUCCGUAAAGUCUUCUUUACGGCAGGCACUAAGCGACAUUUCAGAUGAGA